UGCAGCCCAUUCUUCAUACCUGCACUCAUGUAGGAAGGCAAAGGCAAGUUUCAUAGGUGGUUUAGAAAGCUUUAGCUUAUAUUGGCCAAAAUUUGUGCUCUUCUCAAGGCAGAUCAGUUAGUACAAUGGUAUGGGCUUAGACUCACAAUCUCGAGGUGCCGUGUUCUAGGCUUGGUGUCAACUUUUUUUUUAUUGCUGGUUUCGGACAUCGUAUUACAUAUCAACCGAAGUCGUAUUUUAUUAUUUCGAUCGAUUAUUCGGGACAUCGUAAUGAUGAUCAUAUGAAAUCGCGAAAUAUCGUCUGAAGUAUGUAUAUGGCCUCCACUUUGGUACGUAUAUAGCAGUUUUGUGCAGUAUAUACGAUUGAAUUGGUUCUUAUAUAGUAGUGUAUAACACAAAUUAUACAGACCAAAAUGUUUACUGGGGAUUCAUAAAAGGGCCUCACUGGUAGGGCCUAACUGAUUAUGAUAUUCGUAAAAGGCCAAUCUACCGCGCAUGUUCAAAAACGUUUUUUUUAGAAUUCUGCUAUAAUGCCCAACAUUAUAAAGCAGACCUCCAUGUGUGUCAAUGGAUGAAAUAAAACACUGAGAAAUGUCUUUCGUUUUUGAAUAGGAUCAACCAAUAUGGAAGGAAAGAUAGGCACUUUUCAAAUGUUACGCUAGGUUCUAUUUCCCCAGCUAACACGGAAUCUUAUAUGAUGUUGGAUAGGAUGCUAAAGUGGAGGCCAUAUGCGUACAUGCUUCCAUUUAACCACGUUUAAAGUGUACAGAGGCUAAACAUGUCUAAAGGUCCUAUUUGCAGAAGAGAGGCUCUCUUUCCCUCUCUUUCGUUAAUAUCUCAGCUGUUUAUUUGUUUCAUGAUUGUCUCCUUGCAUUGAACGAUGAUGAAAACAAUGGUAUUUUGAUUUGUGCUGUAAAAAUAGUUGAAAGUAUACCAUUAUAUUGCAAUAAUUGAAAGAGAAAGUGAACAAAGAGAGCUUCUCAAAUGCAGAUAGGACCUAUUGAAAUGUUUGGCCUGUGUACGCAUAUCGCCUCCACUUUAGCAUCCUAUUCAACAUUCGUGCGAUCGUGUGUUGGCUGGGUCGGGCAUCCGUAGAGCAAUUCAAGGUUGCACAUGGGUUUGGUGAGCUAUUCUAUGCUAUUUCUUGCUUUCUUACAAUAUUUCUCAAGUUUGUGCAAAACUUUCUACUGCAAAUUUGUAGAUAUUUUUUUUUUUUUUCAUUUUUCUAACAAACGUGCAUCGACAAUCGCAUUUGAAACUUUGCUAUGCAUUUCAAGUCGUACUUGAUCAGUUUGAUUGUAAACAUCGGAAUUGCAUCGAACGCAAUUUGAUUUCAUUUCUCUUGGAUCAUGAGGAAAACCAUUUCAGAAACUUCAAACGAAUUUGUGGGAAUAUUUUUUUAUGAUAUUUAUAAACCAUGUUGAUAGAGCACCCCUGUGUCUAGUAGCAAGCGGGUGUAUGACUUUUUUCACGCGUGACAACUCAUUUUCAUCUCGUAAGAAACAACAGUCGAGUGGCGGGGAUGGUAAACGGGGAAAUCUCUGGAAUAUAUCACCAUCCAAUAUGGGAAGCGAGACCACACACCGACCGCCGCCACCACGGAAGAGAAAUAUGGAUGAACCGUGAAAUUAACCAAAUGCUCUCUUGGUCAACGUCGUCAUCGUGGCAAAUAUUUAUCUUUUUUUCUCACGCGGAAUUAGUUUUCAUCGGAUCGUGUACGGGGUCCUGCCCAGAGCGGGCAAAGGUGAUGGCCACAUGUUUAACAUCGACUCGUAAGAAGAAGGUUUCCAUUCGCGAAUAAGAUGAUAGACUUUUGAACACCCAAAACAUGACUUCCAGACUGCUGUUAGAAUUCUAACAAGUCAUGUAAAUAAAUUUAUAUUUUAAGUUUUAAAAAUCUUGAAUUCUAUGUUUUUUUAACGUUUUCAAAUAACGAAUAUUUUUGUUGAUUGAUGGCGAAAACAAGCAAAGAUCACCUUGAAAGUUUGCAAACACCAUUGUAGCGGUCGCCAUCAUCAGUCGGUCCCAAAAGACACAAUGACUUGGUUGUGUAUUUUUACACCAAAAGUGUAAUCCGAUCCAGCUGUGACGCUUCUGGCUGAUGGUUGAACAAUCAACAGUCGUCACAGUCCGCGUCAAGUGUGAAGCUCAAAUUCUAGCUGUAGUUAGCCUCUGUUGAGCUCUGAUGGCUAAUGGAUCUGCAGUACUACAUGGUGAGGUACACUGAGAGAGGUGUCAGAGUUUCCUUAUUUGAGAGCUUGUAAAUUGAUUUGCAAAUGCCUGGUAUGGGUAUAGUCAAUGAUUUUCUGUGUGUAUCAUGUUUAUUCUUUUAUUGAAACUUUCACAGCUACGAUUUCAGCGGUUAUCGCUGCGUGUUGCAUUGCAAUAAGUUCACAUAUUUGCGCAUUCUGCGUAACAAGAUUCACAGGACGUACAUUGUUUGGUGAGUUCGUUCCAUGGAGUUGUUAUUAUUUCGAAAUCAACCCGAGCUUGAUUGACCGCUCGUAGAUGCUACUCCAUUCUUGCCAGAUCAGCUACACUCAUACAGCAGGUGGUUCGCCUUUCCCCUUCUGCUCUCAAUAAAAGAGUUUAGCUAAAAAAUCUGCAUGGAAUUCGUUCAGGUAAUUCCUUACAGUUUUUCACAGGAAGCCUCUCUCUUUUUCUUUCCUCGAUAACAAAUCCAUCAUAUACACCGGUAAAACUUCUCUAGAACCUGAAGAAUGGGUUUGUCAUGCAAAACUGCCAAAAUACAGAGUACCUGUGCCGAAGAUGUCUUAGAAUUUACCUAGUACAUAUAUGAAUGUAGAAGGCAUGUUGGAUUCUUAUUAGAUUGAAAACCUAAAAAUUCAAACAUCCAAUUGUACAUUUCAUCUCCAGAUUGUACCACUACAUACAAAAGUUAAUCCAGAUCAUUUUUUUCUUACAAAAACAUCAAAACUUCUAGUAUUAAAUUCAAAGUGUAGAACUCAUUAAUUUGUUUCAGUUAAUCAGCAUGAGGAAUGAUUCAGAAUUGAUUAUGGGCUAUGAUGAUAUUUAGACAUGGAACGAGCUCACCAAUGCUCAGGCCAUUCUCGCGUAUCGUUUGUAGUCCCAGCGCUGGUUAGCGUUGGAUCUGGCAAUUCAUUUUUCCCAUGAAUCAACUGUUAAAUUCGAAUUGGCCGUACGCUUCGUAUUCCCCCAUUGAUGCAUGAUUCAUGUAUCCAAAGAAAAAGAAAUAUAGGAAGUGGCCAUGUACAACAGUUUCUAAGUAGAAUUUUUGGAAUUAUGUCGAAAAGACUUGAGCAGCGUCCUUGAAUGACGUACUAUUUUAGGGGGUAGGAGAGAGUAUCUGUAUGUAUUAGGUAUGGGAAAAUAUGCUACGAGUGGGAGGGGAUAUUUGAAAUCAGCCAAAAAAUACAAAAUCUUUUAUGGAUGCCCCUUAUGUGGUUUCUCAAGCAAACGAUUCACAUACAUCGAGAAACAUAAAAAAGUAGUGGUUUCAGAUUGCUGUUUAAGAAAAUAGGAGAAUGGCAAUUACAAAACGGUCAGCUUGCCUACAACUUCGUACCUACGAUUUUGAGUAAAUACAUCAUGUCUGCAUGAAAAAUCUACCUGCAUUAUAUACCUAGCUAAUAAAUCGAGAUUUUUCCCCUAACAUCUGAUAUUGUACCUUAGAUCUAUUUCACCAUUCUACUGGAGCAGACGUUCCUUGGAUUAGUGCAAAAAUCGUUUUUGUGUUCAUCUCAUCAGUGACAUCAGCAUGUCUAGUGAAGAUUCGUUUGUGAUCCUUGGAUCUACCUUUACUUCUUCCACAGAGGGAAGUUUCCAGAAUGUUUCCGGCGUGUCCAACUACGGCAGCGCGAUCAACCAAGAUGAAACAGCGCAGGCAUCAUCCACACCAACACGGUGCUCAUCCAACGUACGCGAACCGAGUUCGUCGGGAACGAGCGGAACCAGAUCCAGCCUGUUCCAGGCCUUUCCAAGUCUGGUGCAUUUGUCGAUUCCGGCAGAUGCGGUUUGCGAACUCGAGCGUAUAAUGGACGAACACAGUCAGAUGAAGACAAGCCAGACUCAAGACGGGAAACAGGAUGGGUUGCCAAGAGUUGUACCCGUGGUGGAGUGCCAGCCAAGUACUUCGAAAGGGCUGACCGCUGCGAAUGUGCGUCCUGGUGUACCUGCGAUUGUCAUCACCAGCGACACCAGUGUAAGCGAAGCAGAUGAUUCGCUGUUUGAGGAUACCAGGAACACGUCCAAUCCGUUUUAUUAUCGCUUGACAGCCGAAGAGCUCCGCAAGCGUAGUGCUGUAAAAGACGGACAUCGGCAGGAGGCAUCACUCGAAAGUAAUCCCAGCAAUGUGACGAAUCGAGAAGAAACGACUUCUGAGCCGCGGUCAAAGGAUUUGCAACGUUCGCAAUCAUUGGAAGAACCAGCUCAGGCAUCUUCAACGCCCUACAGCGCUUCCAACAAUUGUAGCGUGGAGACAACGAAUGAGGCAGAUCUGGCUAUGAACGUUUCUGAAAGCACCAAUCUGAAAGAACAUGAUUCGUUGUUCGAUGUGCAGCGUGAGCUGGUUGCAAUACUAGAAGCGGGAAACGAAAAGCUCAAGCAUGUCAUUGCAACGGAGAGACAGGCAAUGCAGACUCUGGAGCAGAAGACUGCACGGAAAGAAAUGGAGUGUGCCAAGGCGACGGAAAGCAUCGAUCUAGAAGAACACCACGAGGCAAUUGCAAUACUACAAGAGGGAAACGAAAUGCUCAAGCAAGUUAUUGCAGCUGAGGAACAGGCAAUGCAGACACUGGAGCAGAAGACUGCGCUGUCACCGAAAGAAAGCUACGAUCGAAAAGAUCAAAAUGAUACGAGAGGCUAUCAACGCGAGACAAAUUCAAAUCUACAAGCGGAAAUCGAGAACCUCAAGCAAGUGGUUGCCGCAUCUACAACACCUGGCAGCGUCUCCAACAUCAGUAGCGUGGAGGCAACGAAUGAGGCAGAGUUGACUACAGAUCCGUGGUUUUCAGUUAGGAAUAUUCCUCAACCCGUCAAGACGAUGGAAGGUACCGAUCGAAAAGAACGUGAUGAUAACGAUCAGCGCGAAGCGAUUGCAAGACUACAAGCGGAAAACGAAAAGUUCAGGCAAGCCGUCGCCGAAGUGAAGAUGCAAGCGAUGCAAACCAUUGAGCAGAAGAUUGCGUUGGCAAACACGCUGAAAGAAAUAAAGGAAGCUGUUCAGACUGAACGAAGUGCCAGUCUGGCGGUGAUUGACGAGCUGAACAAACGAGUUUCCGAUAGGGAGUCCAUCAUAAGAAACCAGGCGCGAUUGAUGGAGCACUCGGAGCGCAAAAUCCACGAAAAGGACAAAGAGUGCGAGGAUAAGAUUAAAAUUUACCUGGACGAGGUAUCGCGUCUGAAAGCUGAACUGUGCGCCUUGAAAGAGUUGGCCGUCAAGAAUCGUGACACAAUCGAACAACAAGCAAGGGAGAUCGAAGCGAAGGACGUUUUACUGGUGACCAGUGUCGACAAGUGGAAAUCACUCACGGAACAGGUUGAUCUAAUGAGGGAAAAGAUCAAUCAAGCUGCUGAAAGUGCACCGGAGGAUGUCCCCUCGAGUCCAGAGGGACAAAGCACCGAUGUGGUUUCGGAUAUCGUCUGCCCGAUUUGCAACGAACACAGACAGACAUGGACGGAUAUGAAAAAGCACAUUGAGGUUUGCGUCGGUGCAGAUCAAUUGGACGUGAUGUAAUGCAAUAGAAUAUCAAUAAACAGAUACUUCUCGUUUCCAACAAGCAUGGAAAACACUCACUCAAUAAUUGCGGUUUGUUCUUCUCACUCACGUCACACAGUCAGUAGCGAGUUCGUCUCGCUCUCUCAGUUCUCUUCAAGUAUUUCUAAGCGCUAGCUUGAUCGGCUUUCCAAUCAAUCUUGAACGCCUAUUCACAAAUUGUAGGUCAUGCCUUAAAUAAUGACUGUCUUUACAAAACGUAGCGAAACUACGAGAAUUUCUGUGUAUUUUAGAAGAGAUUUUAAAGCUUUACAUUUGAUGAUAUUAAAGUGUAGUUUUCGUAAAACGAAAGAAGGGAAAACUUAAAAAUUCUAAAAAGCUCACUAAAUCAUAUACUAUUGUAAACCUCUCAGUUAUCCACUGAUUUAACAUUGGCUCACUCUCAAGUCACAUUUUUAUGAUUACCUGAAUCAUUAUCAUAAAUAAUUAGCUUUAGAAAUUGUCAGAGUUUUGCAUUGUUGAUCGAAAUAGUAAAACUAACAAUACUGUAUUGUUGAAAUAACUGCUAUAUGAGUUAUUUAUAAUUUUAUGUCAAAACUUUUAUUGUUCCUAAUUCAAAACCUCAGUUCAUCAUUCAUAUCCGAAAACACUCACAUCAGACGCUUCAGAAGGGGCUCACACGCAUCACCUGUGCAUUGCUGUAUGCGGUUAAGGUCAUCAAACGCACCUCCAGCCGUUCGUUCGCAACUAUCAAUCAAUCAUCGCAGUCACACAAUCGCCCAGCCCAGCAGAGAUUGAUCAAUUAACAUUUUCGCAGUUUGCGCGCGCGGAUUGCUACUUGACUUCACAUAUUUUUUUUCCUACCGUAUAAAGACAUUUUGUUUGAUCAGCAUCAGGACUAGGAGGGUGCUGAUUGCUACAUCUUGCCUUUUCGAUGAGGGAGGUCACUCAAACACAGUAGAUAUCUUCUUAGUACAACAAACAGUAGCUGUUUCGAAGCCAGAUAUGGCGUUGGCAUUUGAAAUGAUACGACUCGCCUAUUACAGGUGAGCUGCUGGCUGCUGUAACGCAUAUGGCACUGGUCGGUCUCCAUGGGAACCCUUAUUCACUACUAAGAGAGAAUGCACAAGACCGCAACGACACUAUUCUGCCGGAUCCAAACUUGGACGUGUACAGUAGUGGACGAAAUAAAGGAUACUGCAGAUGAAAUACAAACAAAAAAAUCAUAAUCAUCGUUCCAAAUAAUUGGAAUGUUUUUAAAACACAUAAUUUGAAGUCGAAAUAGUUUUGAGGAGGUUCUAAAUAAAUCGCCAUAAAACCUAUUCUGUACGAUACAAUUAGAAUGUUUUUCCUGUAAAAUAAAAAUAACCUGUAAAACAAAUCUAUAGUUUGCCUCCCAAGCAAAAAAAAAUCAAGUCCUAUUAGUUUUGGGUAGGUUCUGAAUACAGCUACAAAACCUCAUCCAAUCUUCUUUGGUUUUAUGAUGACUUUCCUCGAAACUAUAAGGCUUGAAGCCUUGAUUCUUGUAAAAAAUUGAACUGCAAUAACGUGGAAUGAUCCAAAUCGUAUCUGCAUCCAAGCGUUAGCGUUAGCAUAGCUGCAUCCAACUGCAAAAACUGAAUUUUCGACUUUACUUAAGAAAAACAUGAUACCUACUUUUAAAAUUAAUAGAUUUUUCAUUUUGGACAAAAUUGCAGGAAGUGAUACAUUUUGUCGAAUUAGAGUUCGAAAUAUUAAAAAAAAAAGUUUUCAGAACUAUUUUAAGAUUUUUUUGUACUCUAUUUGAAACAACUACAAUAAAUCUCAGAAAACUGGGUUGAUUUUGAAGCUACAUACAUUUUGUACAGGAUGAAAAAGUUCUGAAAAACUUAGAUCCAAUGAUUUUCUCAUGCUAUUUAUUAAACCAAAAUAUCUCCAUAGAUCAUUUUUUGAAUCAUUUCGUACAGAAAAUCAAAUCAACGCAUCCUUUAUUCCGUCUACUACUUCAGCUAAAUCAUCGCCCGUUUAGCCCAGGUCCUAUCACCAA